UAAUUUAUUAUUAGAUGAAAUUGCAAAACCAGUGUUGGGACAGUGUAAGUGUAGACUAAAGUCCCUGAAGCUAGCAAUUUCUUCCACUUUGUGUCUGGAAAUUUAAGAAUUCUAAGAAUGGUGUAAUGAGCCAAAGCAAAGAUGAGCUUGGUGUAGGAAAUUCCCAGACUGCUUUUUCUAGCUCAGCCCUGGUCGAAGCAGGCAGCCCGCACUGCACUGGCUGUGGUGGAGUACAGCAGCUGCCUGCUACUCUCACAGCCACAGUUCAGACUGAAACCACACAGUAAUCUUUUAGGGGUUUGGAAGCUGUGAAACCUCCUGAAAGCCAAGUGUGACAGGAAUAACAUGGUCCUUACAGACUGAAAAUGCCUAGGUCAAACAUAAACUGAGGGCAAUGGUGGGGUCUCCUUAAGGUUGUACCUGCUUGCAGUACAGCAGUUCGGCCCACAGCACUGCACGUGUAGCUUCCGUGCAGAUAACACUUAAUAGCAGAGGGUUUUUUUCUUAAUCCUCAGUCCUGCAAGUACUUGUUUCUGAGGUAUUCCUACCCUUGGCAAGUCUGUUUCUGAAGAGCCUCAUCAGUGAGGAGGGCUGCAAAGAUCUGGCUGUAAGGCAGUAACAUCCUGGGGAUCUGUGUGGAAUACAGUCUGUCUUCCCAUCUGGCAAAACACACGUCUUCAGGUGAGAGGAGGGAUCCUGCUGAAGUCCAUAGUGCCACACAGGACAGAACUGACGCCAAGCUGCUGCUCAGGGUGGGGCUUUAAGGCACGUUCAUCCCCGGCAGCCAGCAGGUAGGAUCAGGUGUUAGUCCUGCAGCUCGCCACCCGCUCUGUGGCUGCGCUCCCGCAGCUCCAAGGAGGAAUGGAUGUGAAAUUUGUCAUUGUUUUGGUUGUUCUAGCACUCAUGGUUAGUCAGACGUCUGAGACUUUGUUUCCUGGGGCUUUUAACUGUUGCAUGAAAAUUUCAGAUGAAAUUCCCAAAGGAAUUCUCAGAAGAGUGGAGAGAUUUGAAAUCCAGAAAGCUGAUGGCCUGUGUCACCUAGAGGCUGUUAUUCUUCACAUGAAAGGCAAAAAGUUCUGUGUGAAUCCAUGGAACAGAAAAAUCAAGAAAAUGAUGAAGAAGAUGAAGCACAAGAUUCAUAGGAGCAAAUCUCAUAUCAGAAAGCAGAGAAGAACCAGAAUUACCAAACAGAAAGAACAGAAGCAGUAGCAAAAUGAAGCAAGACCCGUGAUGAAGAUACUGUGGCAUACAGCACUGUGGGCAAGGAUACCAGAUUUCACCAGUGAUGGAUGAUUGUAGGAUUAAAAUGACUUUUCAAAUCUCUUUGUGCUAGAGAAAGCAGAGGCAGGAAACAUCACCUGUACUCAGAACAAUGCUGAUCAGAUUAUCAGACAAAUUACAAGGUGUUCCUGGUAAUGCCUUGUAACAAGUACUUGCCAUACCUCCUGGAUCUUUUGGCAGACUUAAAUCUUCCUCCCUCUCACCCUGCUUUUAUGGCAACCUCCCCUGUGAUUUCUGUUUUAACAUACUGUUCCUUCUCAUUCCUCCAUUUUUACCCAGUCCUAUCCUUUUCCUUAUUCUUCCCUGCCAGCAAUCAUCUUUCUGCUGUUGCCUGUUUUGUUUACAUUCUUCGAGUCAUUAAUCGUUUUUCUUCAUCUUACAUAGUUUCACAAACACUUUUUCAGAUAGUUCCAGCUUGUUUGUCAACACCAUGUCUUUUACCUGUUCUAAGCAGUCUCUGCUCCCAGCUGUUAAUACCAUGAAAUAUAAUUUCAGUGAUAAUAUCUGAUCCUCUUCAUAGGAUUCAAAG